UGAUUUCGACCAUUUCUUUGGUAGAUAUUUUGUGAUUAUGUUCACAACAUGGUCCUCAUUUUGAAGGUGAGGGGAGGGUGUCCAUGUCCGACAAGAGCGCAAGAGCUGUCCAGUUUCCAACUGGUUCAAGCCGCGACACCCCUCCUAGCACUGAAGAAGCCGCGUGUCGCGGGGCCAGGGCACUUCCCGAGGUUCGUUUUAUGGACUCCUUGGCCCUGAGGAGAUGGGAGAUGGACAGCAUGUCGUCCUGGAUGCUGCAAUUUCUCCUCGCAAUCACCUUGGCAGCCGUCAGCAUCUCCUUCCUGACCAGCACGGGGAUCAUUAGUCGAUGUCCCAUUUGUGCCAGCGCCGAGUAUGGCGCCUGUGCCGCUGCACAGGACUUCAAGGUCUUGGCAAGUUUCUUCUUGGGGGUCGUUUGCUGCAAGACGUCUGACCUGGGUUCUACCAGGCGUCGGCUGACCUGCGACAGUAGUGAUGGAUGUCUUCACUGCUGGCUACUUUGGUGAGAGGCAGCUGGGCAGUUGUGAAUUUGGCCAAUUCUGAUUGGUUUCUGUACAGCCCCUGGGUGAGAUCAGGAGAUGGUUGGGAGGCUCCAGAUGCAAGAGCUCUCUGGAGCUUCCCGGCUGGUGGUCAUCUGCCUGUACAGCACGAUCGAUUUUCCCGCGCUGAUUCAUCAUGGCCGCUGUUUAGUAUGGGCCGCUGGUUGCUGAAGAUUGGGCAGCUCAGAGCGAACGCGUGGGUUCAAAAA